UUUUGGGGCGGUCACGUGGGCGGGCGGGCUCCGAGAGGCCCCGGGAUUGUCCCAGCCUAGAGCCGUGCCCCCUGGAGCCCCCCGUUACGGCGAGUCCCUAACAGCGCGGCGCUCCAUCCCCGAGACCGCCCGACGCCGGGACCUCGGGGCUCGGCGGCCUUCCUUCCCCCGCCCUCCCCUCCAGCGGUUUCCCCAGGUCCUCUCACCUCAGCCUGGCCCAGCAUGUAGGAGAAAACCUCUACAGGGACCCUUGGAGACGCAGCGGGCAGGCCAGGCGGGGUGGGCACGGAGCCUCCCAGGCCGGGGCAGUGGGCAUGGGCGGGGGCUGCGGCUGAAGACCGCCCCCGCCCACUGCAGGUUCCACGGGAUUCCCACUCGGCAGCUGCCAUGGCCACCAACAAGGAGCGCCUCUUUGCGGCUGGUGCCCUGGGGCCUGGAUCCGGUUACCCGGGAGCGGGCUUUCCGUUUGCCUUCCCAGGGGCGCUCAGAGGGUCGCCUCCGUUCGAGAUGCUGAACCCUAGCUUCCGGGGCCUGGGCCAGCCUGACCUCCCCAAGGAGAUGGCUUCUCUGUCGGUGGAGACCCAGAGCACCAGCUCCGAGGAAAUGGUGCCCAGCUCUCCCUCACCCCCGCCACCCCCUCGGGUCUAUAAGCCAUGCUUUGUUUGCAAUGACAAGUCUUCCGGCUACCACUAUGGGGUCAGCUCCUGUGAAGGCUGCAAGGGCUUCUUCCGACGCAGCAUCCAGAAGAACAUGGUGUACACCUGUCACCGCGACAAGAGCUGCAUCAUCAACAAGGUGACCCGGAACCGCUGCCAGUACUGCCGGCUGCAGAAGUGCUUCCAAGUGGGCAUGUCCAAGGAAGCUGUAAGGAAUGACCGGAACAAGAAGAAGAAAGAGGUCAAGGAGGAGAGCUCACCUGACAGCUAUGAGCUGAGUCCACAGUUGGAAGAGCUCAUCACCAAGGUCAGCAAAGCCCACCAGGAGACGUUCCCCUCGCUCUGCCAGCUGGGCAAGUACACCACGAACUCCAGUGCAGAUCACCGGGUACAGCUGGACCUGGGGCUGUGGGACAAGUUCAGCGAGCUGGCCACCAAGUGCAUCAUCAAAAUCGUGGAGUUCGCCAAGCGCUUGCCGGGUUUCACAGGACUCAGCAUCGCCGACCAGAUCACUCUGCUCAAGGCUGCCUGCCUGGACAUCCUAAUGCUGCGGAUCUGUACGAGGUAUACCCCGGAGCAGGACACCAUGACGUUCUCGGACGGGCUGACUCUGAACCGCACCCAGAUGCACAACGCCGGCUUCGGGCCCCUCACAGACCUCGUCUUCGCCUUUGCUGGGCAGCUGCUGCCCCUGGAGAUGGAUGACACGGAGACCGGGCUGCUCAGCGCCAUCUGCCUCAUCUGCGGAGACCGCAUGGACCUGGAGGAGCCGGAGAAGGUGGACCGGCUGCAGGAGCCGCUGCUGGAGGCGCUGAGGCUGUACGCGCGGCGCCGGAGGCCCAGCCAGCCCUACAUGUUCCCGCGGAUGCUCAUGAAGAUCACCGACCUGCGCGGCAUCAGCACGAAGGGCGCAGAGAGGGCUAUAACCCUGAAGAUGGAGAUCCCGGGCCCCAUGCCCCCCCUGAUCCGAGAGAUGCUGGAGAACCCAGAAAUGUUUGAGGACGACUCCUCGAAGCCCGGCCCCCAGCCCAAGGCUUCCAGUGAGGAUGAAGCCCCAAGGAGCCAGGGCAAAGGGGGCGAAAGCCCCCCGCCUGACCAGGGCCCCUGACCUACCCCACCGUGGGGUUGGGCUCCAGGCAGCAGACUGACCAUUUCCCAGCCAUCCCUAGUGGCUGAGAGAGGACCUGCCCUGCCCGCUCCCCACCCUUCCGAUGAGCUCGUGGUUUUGCCAAAGUUUGUAGGGGGGCCUGUGUUCAGCCCUGUCCUGUUCUAACAGCUCCCCCUACAGUCCGGGGACUGCCCCGCACCUGCCCGGAGAGCCUGGGAAGGCCCAAGCUUGGGUCCAGACUCAAAUCUCAGCACUGCCUUUCAGACUGGGGCCACAGGCUCCCCAGGCAGGAGGACGCCCCGCCUUCCCACAGCCCCUUCCUCUGCCAGGUGCUUGGGCCUCCGGGAGCAAACAGGAACACUAGAGACCAAAAGGGGGCCGCCAGGGGGGCUGAGCCCGCCCUCGGCCCUGCCCUGGGUGCCUAACGCUGUGCGAUGACCCUGCCACGCGCCCGCCCUCUGUGCGCAUCCUCAUUCUGCCCAGCGUGGGGCAGGCGGGGCCCUGCGUUUCUGGGGCGGGGCCUGGGGGUGAAGGGAGGGGCCUACCGAGAACCUCUGCUGAGGUGCCGCGCCCCAGGGCCUCCGUUUUACAGGCCGCCCCUUCGCCCCUCUCGUGCCUUGGCUUCUUGCCCCCAUCUCAGCCGUUCAGGCAGGGACUUCCACACUACAGAGGGGCCAGGCGUCCCGUCCCUCUCUUAGUGCCUUCUCACCCUUGACCCCCCGAGCAGCUUGGCCCCGGGAGGGGAGAUGCUGCUUAGCUGAUCCCACCCCGACCCAGAGGAAGCCUCUAUUUAUUUAUUAGCUUUUGUUUACAGCCUGGAGUGACCCCUUCCUCCAGGGGUCUUGGGAGGGGGGCCCAGGGCCUCUGUGACCCCUUCUUUCUUUCCCCAAACUCCCAGUUUGUAUUUAGCUGCCAAAUAAGAUUCCUGCGGGCUCCCCCUUUUCUCUGGGGGGUCAGGGUGCUGUCCCGUCCCCUCUGUUUACAUCACCCCUCCCACCCCGCUGUUUCGCAUAUUGCUGAGUUUUCUAUUUUUGCAAAAUAAAGUG